AUGGUCUUGGGGGGAAGGGGGGUCCUGGCAAGCUUAAGCUACAGCUCGGUGGGUCUCAGGGGUCCUGGCAAGCUAAGCUACAGCUCGGUGGGUCUCAGGGGUCCUGGCAAGCUAAGCUACAGCUCGGUGGGUCUCAGGGGUCCUGGCAAGCUAAGCUACAGCUCGGUGGGUCUCAGGGGUCCUGGCAAGCUUAAGCUACAGCUCGGGGUCCUGGCAAGCCGAGCUACAGCUCGGUGGAACUCAAGAGGUCCUGGCAAGCCGAGCUACAGCACAGUGGAUCUCAGGGGUCCUGGCAAGCCGAGCUACAGCACGGUGGAUCUCAGAGGUCCUGGCAAGCCGAGCUACAGCACGGUGGAUCUCAGGGGUCCUGGCAAGCCGAGCUACAGCUCGGUGGGUCUCAGGGGUCCUGGCAAGCCGAGCUACAGCACGGUGGAUCUCAGGGGUCCUGGCAAGCUAAGCUACAGCUCGGUGGGUCUCAGGGGUCCUGGCAAGCUAAGCUACAGCUCGGUGGGUCUCAGGGGUCCUGGCAAGCUAAGCUACAGCUCGGUGGGUCUCAGGGGUCCUGGCAAGCUAAGCUACAGCUCGGUGGGUCUCAGGGGUCCUGGCAAGCUAAGCUACAGCUCGGAUGAGACACUUACUUCUAGAGCUAAAUCCUACUCAUCAUAUAAACAAGAUUCUGCACAUAUUAUUACAGGUUUGACAUUCUGCACAACCUAUGCUUUCAGGGGGCCUGGCAAGCCGAGCUACAGCUUGGUGGGUCUCAGGGGGCCUGGCAAGCCGAGCUACAGCUUGGUGGGUCUCAGGGGGCCUGGCAAGCCGAGCUACAGCUUGGUGGGUCUCAGGGGGCCUGGCAAGCCGAGCUACCGCUUGGUGGGUCUCUGGUGUCCUGGCAAGCCGAGCUACAGCUUGGUGGGUCUCAGGGGGCCUGGCAAGCCGAGCUACAGCUUGGUGGGUCUCAGGGGGCCUGGCAAGCUAAGCUACAGCUUGGUGGGUCUCAGGGGGCCUGGCAAGCUAAGCUACAGCUCGGUGGGUCUCAGGUUGCCUGGCAAGCCGAGCUACAGCUCGGUGGGUCUCAGGGGGCCUGGCAAGCUGAGCUACAGCACGGUGGGUCUCAGGGGGCCUGGCAAGCUAAGCUACAGCUCGGUGGGUCUCAGGGGGCCUGGCAAGCUAAGCUACAGCUCGGUGGGUCUCAGGGGGCCUGGCAAGCUAAGCUACAGCUCGGUGGGUCUCAGGGGGCCUGGCAAGCUAAGCUACAGCUCAGUGGGUCUCAGGGGGCCUGGCAAGCUAAGCUACAGCUCAGUGGGUCUCAGAGGGCCUGGCAAGCCGAGCUACAGCUUGGUGGGUCUCAGGGGGCCUGGCAAGCUAAGCUACAGCUCGGUGGGUCUCAGGGGUCUUGGCAAGCAGAGCUACAGCACAGUGCAACUAGAGCUAAGCUUGGGAAGAUACUGA